GUCGUGAAUUCGCUGCUUAGUGACAUUGAACCCGUCUUACCAUGCACCAAGCCAACCGCUGCUCUUCCUUAUCAUGACAUUGUUCUCCAUCCUACCAUCUCAUCCUCCAUGAGUGUUUACAGCCUCCACCAUGGACCUCUUCCGCGUUCGGUUGAACUGCAUAGACCACUACCAGGCGACGGCGACGCAUUACGAUCCCCAGUUACGGAAUGAUGUCGGUCCUGCACAGGCGAAGAAAGGCCCCAAGGUUCCGGUCGUGAGGGUUUUCGGGUCUACAGAAACGGGGCAGAAAGUCUGCGCGCACAUACACGGCGCCUUCCCAUACGUCUAUGUCGAGUAUCGUGGCAGCUUAGAGCCCGAGGAUGUGGGCGCGUACAUCUAUCGACUUCAUCUCUCCAUUGAUCAUGCCUUGGCUGUCAGCUACCGACGUGAUCAAUUCGGAGAAAAUGCAAAGUUCGUCGCCCGCAUCACCCUUGUCAAAGGGGUGCCAUUUUACGGUUUCCACGUUGGAUACCGCUUCUUUCUGAAGAUCUACAUGUUCAAUCCCAUCGUCAUGACAAGAUUAUCCGACUUGCUCCAACAGGGUGUCAUUCUUAAGCAGAAGUUCCAACCUUACGAAGCCCACCUCCAGUACUUACUACAGUUCAUGACCGACUAUAACCUGUACGGAUGUGGCUACUUGGAUGUAUCUGAUGUAUACUUCAGAGGCCCUAUCCCUUCAUUUGAUCAAGAGGGGAACUCUCAACACCUUUGGCAUGACCGGACGAUUCCUAAGACUCGAGUCCUCGACGACCUGACUCUGCCGAGGGUCAGCCACUGCUCUAUCGAGGUAGACAUUUGCGUUCAACACAUUACCAACCGGCGAAUGGUGAAGGAACGUCGGCUACACCACGACUUUGUUGAGCGUGUUAAACCUCUCCCGGCAGAUAUCAAGCUCGUUUACAGUAUGGCUGGUCUAUGGAAAGACGAGACGCGUCGCCGCAAAAUGAAAAUGCCCAAUGCGGACCAAGGAAGCAGCCCUUUCCCGGCAGAAGUUUUGGUCUCCAUGUCUGCAAAUAAGCGCGACUCGCAACCACAAGGAUGGAUUCACGAGGAAGAGUACAAAGAAGAAGUCGCAAAACUUAUCGAAACCGAAAAGGGGUUGGAGGACUCCGAGCCACCAAGCUUUGAGACCUUUGUGGAGCAUUCGCCGCUUGAGGCUGCCAUCAAGACCGCGCUCCAGUCAGUAGAAGAUUUGUACCCCGUCAACCUGCUACCGGCUCUUGGACUUCCGUCAAAUCAUCCUCCGGCAAACAAGAAUCCAGCGAGCAGUAUCGAAGUCGACGAACAGGGUGUACUCGAUCUCGGUGUAGACGAUUACGACCCUUAUCCAGCCGAUUCUGACGAAGAGGCUCUCAUUCAGAUGGGCGAGCCGAAGGCGAGGCAGGAUGGCCAGAUCAGUGACAGUGGUAUCGAUGGAAGGCGAUCACUCAUUAGUGGUAAUAAAUCCAGAAGCGUGCCCGUCGCUGGCGAUCUGAAAGUCAUGAAGACCGUUAACGGGCUGGGAUCUCUAUACGAAGGCGUCUGUGCCAGCAGGUUGAAGACUGGCAACCCACCAAUGGUACCGGUUUGGGACGACCUGCUCGACAUGGCCGAAGAGGAAGGGCUCGUGUCAAAACUCAGCGACCCAUCAAGCCUAGGUCACCGGCGUACGGUAUCGGUCAAGCGAUCGAUAUCACCGCAUGCGAUAGCGCCUUCUACUAAACGUCCGAGAACCGAGACUUCAGUGGCUCCAGCAUCCGAUGCAGUGGUGCCCAAACCGUCACUCAAAGGCAUCCUGAGUAAUAGCGCAGCUUCUGAGAAGCAUCAGAUCACGAUGUUGCCGCCAAACUCCCAAGACAAGCCACGGUCGUCUCAAAAUGCAGGGUCUAAAUCUGCGGCUAAUCAGUUAUUGGGUUUUCCAGUAGUCAAAAGCCAGGAGGACCCAGGCACGAAACUUCGACUGAGCCAGAUGAACCAGCCUCGAGCCUCGCAACAAGCUGAACAGGAUUCUCAAAAACAUGUUGCCUUCAGUUUAGCACCGCAGGAGACACGUAGCAAGCCCGAUUCGGUCACUCCAGCAAAAAAGGUUCGGAUUGCUACUCCUACGACGGAUUCACCAGGGACCGAAGCAGGAACAGAAACAAUUCUUCAUCGGAUACAGACAGCGAUCGGAUCCUUUUCCGCAAAGCGCCAGUGCGUGAUUGGCGUCCUGCCUCCUGCUCCAAAAGUUAUCACGUCAACAAUGGAGGACCUGCAGAUUCCCGAUAUGAUUUACCAAGAUGCCUACUACAGCGAAGAGAAGGAUGUCCCUGCUCGUCCCAGGGAGUAUGCCGGUCGGGAAUUUCGGCUCGAGAGCAAUACGCUACCGUAUUUGGCGGAUUUUGAUCCAACUGGGACAUCUGCCGCCAGCAUGGGCAUCAAAUCAGACACACCCAUUGACAAGGCCAAGAACGACGUGCGUUACGACGCCCAAGCAAGCUUGUGUUCAUACCGAAGCUGGGAGAUAGCUCAACCGCCGCCAAGCGCCAAAGACGUUCAAGAUUGGUGGAAUAAGAAGCAUCACGUGCUGAAAGAGCAAAAGAAUGUCACUGCAAAGAUCAUGGGCACCCCUCGAGCUACAAGGCGCGACCUCUCCCAGAUUGAGGGGCCUACCCCGAAAAACAAGCAUGGCUUCAAGUACUCGCCCAAGAAAAAGUCGACUAGUGUCAAGCAUGAGGCGCAAUACAUGAGUACUAUGGCGCUCGAGGUUCACGUGAACACGAGGGGCAAGUUUGUUCCUAAUCCUGACGAGGAUGAGGUCCAGUGUAUAUUCUGGUCUAUCAAGGCAGAUGGCACUGCCAGUAGUAGUCAGGAAGCUUCAGGGGGAAUCAUCGCCGGUGUUGUUGUCCUAUCGCCAGACGGUUCUCUCGCACAGAGGAUGCGGCGCUUUGUUUCUGCAGAGGUUAUCGAGGAAUCGUCCGAGCUCGAUGUCAUGGUUCGCAUGGUGCAAAUUGUCAGAGAUCAUGACCCUGAUAUCCUUACAGGCUAUGAGGUUCACGGCAGCUCAUGGGGCUAUCUCAUUGAACGAGCCCGAGUAAAGUACGAUUAUGAUCUGUGCGACGAGUUUUCACGUAUGAAGAGUAACUCUUACGGCCGUAUCGGAAAGGAGAAUGAUCGGUGGGGCUUCAACACAACGUCGACGAUUCGCGUGACUGGCAGACACAUGAUCAACAUUUGGCGAGCCAUGAGGGGUGAAUUGAACCUGCUUCAAUAUACGAUGGAGAAUGUCAUCUGGCACGUUCUGCACCGCCGCAUACCUCACUACUCCUGGAGAACCCUAACACAAUGGUAUAACAGCAGUAGGCAGAGGGACCUCGACAAACUGACGCGCUAUUACCUCACACGAACGAGGAUCGAUAUUCAUAUAUUGGAGUCAAACGAGCUCAUUCCGAGAACAAGUGAGCAAGCCAGACUGUUGGGAGUGGACUUCUUCUCGGUCUUCUCCCGCGGUUCUCAGUUCAAGGUCGAGUCCAUUAUGUUCAGAAUUGCAAAACCCGAGAACUUAAUGCUAGUUUCCCCCAGUCGGAAGCAAGUCGGCGGCCAAAACGCAUUGGAAUGUCUCCCGCUGGUGAUGGAGCCCCAAAGCGACUUUUACAAUAGCCCGCUGUUGGUGCUCGACUUUCAGAGUCUGUACCCCAGUGUCAUGAUUGCCUAUAAUCUGUGCUACUCGACAUUCCUAGGCAGGAUUGUCAAUUGGCGGGGGAUGAACAAGAUGGGUUUCACCGAGUAUCAGAGGCACAAGAGGCUGCUGGAGCUCCUAAAGGAUCACAUCAACAUCACGCCCAAUGGAAUGAUGUACGUCCGGCCUGAGAUUCGGAAAUCUCUCCUCGCAAAGAUGCUUGGCGAGAUUUUGGAGACCCGUGUCAUGGUCAAGAGCGGGAUGAAGCAAGACAAGGACGACAAAACGCUGCAGGCGCUGCUGAAUAACAGGCAGUUGGCCCUGAAGCUUUUGGCCAACGUUACAGUAUAGUUCAAACAGGCCGCGAGACGCUCGAGCGAGCGAUUGCGUUUAUUCACUCACAGGAGCAAUGGGGAGCGGAAG